AUUACACUGCAGACAAGUAUUAGCUUCCAAAAGAAAACAAAACUAUGGCCUCGAAGGCUGUGGUCAUGUCUGUCCGUGCCGUGGCUGCGGCCACGAAGAGAGCACCGUUAUAUCGUGCACCUCUGACAUUGACUCCAGCUGCUGUAAAGAAAAUCAAGGAAAUUAUGUCUGGGAAACCUGAUAUGAUUGCCUUGAGAAUUGGUGUGAAAACGCGGGGUUGCAAUGGACUUAGCUACACCCUUGACUAUUCAAAUCAAAAGGGGAAAUUUGAUGAAGUUAUUGAGCAAGAUGGAGUGAAAAUCUUCAUGGACACCAAAGCUCAAUUAACACUUUUAGGCACAGAAAUGGACUAUGUUGAAAGCAAACUUUCUUCAGAAUUUAUAUUUAAUAAUCCCAAUGUAAAAGGAACAUGUGGUUGUGGAGAAAGCUUUAAUGUAUAACAAACUAAGGAUACCUAAACGCCAUGUUUUUUUUCUUUUUUCUUUCUUUCUUUUUUUCUCUCUCGCUCUCUCUCUCUCUGAAGCUUAGAACUGCAUUUCUCCCGAUAUGAUUUCACAGUAACUGCAAGUGAAGCUCAUCUGUAUUCUGGAGAAGUCUGCCCUUAUUAUAUCUCUGCAAUGCUUUGUUGGCCGCUCUCAAAAGAAGUCCAUUUUAUUAAGAAUUAUUUUUUGAACUCAAAGGAAAGAAAAAAAAAUCUAUUGAUAAUGCCUGUCCCACUUCCCUAUAAAAUAUUAUACAUGUAUAUAUAUAUAUAUAUAUAUAUAUAUAUAUAUACGCAUAUAUAAAACUGGAAACGUCUGUUUCUUAAUUUUAUAUUUCUUUACUGUGUAAAUAGAUGUGUACAUAUCAGAUACUGCUUUUACACUGUUAAAUAAAAAAAAGUAAACUAAUUUUUCAAUCAGCAAUAACCCCUUCUAUACAUGUGUGCAUAUGAUGUAUGUUUCUUCGUACAACGUUGUCAGAGAAUGAGUACUCAAUAUACUCUUGCAGUGGAGUUGUGUCGAAUGUGAUGUACUGUUGCGAUCAAUUCAAUAUUAAUUAAAGCUGGCGAAAUGAAUCUGUUUGGUAUUCUAUGGAUCUGAAAUCCCAACAAUAUGCAUGCCUGCAUCUAAUGUUCGUAACUUCAAAUAGAAAAAAAGCAAACUUUACAAAACUAUGCAUUGACCUUCCUUGCUUCUCACAAAAGUUUUAAUUUAUUAUUUCUUUUUCGUUUCUCUUUCUCUAGAAAGUUCCUUUUAUACUCAGCCCAAACCCCUCUGUUUUGUACCUUUAAAAUAAUUUAUUUCUUUUAUAGGUACAAAGCCAAUAUUUUUCCUCUUUUUUUUUUUCUUUUCUUGUGUAUGUUAGACAUUUAAAGUCUCUGACUCCACCAACACAACCAUCCUCCCUGAUAUAUUACAGGUACUUGGUUUAUCAAUGCCUAAAAAGGUAAAAAAUAAAACUACAAAGUUAAAUCUAAUGGGAUUUGAGCUGGAAACAAAUGGCUAAGAUCGAAAAUUGUAAUGCUUUUAUUUCUCUUUUUGUCCCAUAUCUACCUCCCCCACACGUCAUAAAUAGCAAAGACUUGAUCUUUUUGAAGUUUUAUGUUAUGAGGUACACAUCUCUAUUAAGUAUCUUAAUUGCUUCAUGAUGUAGCCUUCCUCUUGGGUUAUCUUGGCAGGGAGAGGUGGGUGAACACUAAUGAGUUGUUAAGUAGUGUAACAAAAACCAGUCAUUUCAAUCAUCAUCUCAUGUCACCCUAAAAGGCCCUCGUGUUACCCUAAAGGGGCCUAAUUUAACAAUGAGACUAAAUGCAUAUGGAUAUGACUAUUUAUUUAUAUUUUUGAUGAGUUAAUAAUAAUAAUAAUAAUAAUAAUACUUAUGAAAUAACUUUCUACUGUUCACAUGCACUUUUGAUUCUUUUUCUUUUUUUGUGUGUGUAAAACAAUCUCAAAAUGAUUUGCUUUCUGUUCAUUUGCUGCACUAUUCACUUGCAUGUGCUCAGGCUGGAAUCGAACCGUCAACCUUCACUUCUUGAUGUAUGUAUUAAAACGAUCCUAUCCAUAAACUAUACCACUAUCAUCAGGUUCGGUCUGUUGUGGCUGGCAUAAUCCCAAAUUAGUUAACCCUUUAGUAUUUAAACCAGCCAAAAUAUUUGGCCAGAUCCAGGCUCUCACACCUACCCUACAACGUUAUUCUACAUUAAGUAGUUACACCAUCGAGAUCUUGAAGAUUAAUUCAAAUCAAUGUGAAUCAAUAAGCAUUACGUUUGAUAGAAUAAUCUGAACACUAAAGGGUUAAAGUAUUAAAAAAACGUAACUUUAAUUAUUCUGUAAUUAAUGGGUCACGGAGACGACAGUGGCCUGGUGGAUCUGAACACCGGUAAAACUAAAUGAAAUAAAAGUUAGCAAGUUCAUUGCACCUAAUAAUGAACAAAGAAGCUAUUUCAAACAAAUGUUUUACAAUACAAAAAAAAAAAUAUGAGGAUUAACAAUCUGAAGUCAUUCCAUCCAUAUGAAAAGUACUGAUCAUAGUUAAGUUUGUUUUUUUCACAUAGAACAUCACUUUGGUUUUCAAAGUUGCAAGGAGGUGUUUGGGAGUUUAUCCCCAUUAUGAUUUUAUAUGCAUAUAUAUAUAUAUAAUAUAUAUAUAUAUAUAUAUAUAUAUAUUUAUAUAUUUAUAUAAUUAUACUGUAUGUGAUAUAUUUCUUUCUUACACUGGACAUUUAUAUUAUUUUUUUUUAACUGUUGUAUAGUACUGUUUUUUAGUUUCAAAUUCCUUUUUUUUUUUUUUUAAUAUCAUAACUAAUCAAGCUUAUUGGCAAAGUAGACUUUGAUAUAAAACAAUGGAGAUUCUUUUAUUUAAUUUCCUUGUCAAGAAUUUAUGUGGUGUAAUUUUAGUAGAAUAAAUUUACAGUAAAACUCAA